AUGACCUCAAAUAUAUCCACCUCUACCUCAGGAACAACCAUAUUGACCACAACACCCUCAACCACCGUCACAGCUACAAUAUUGACCACAACCACACCCCAGUCCCUUGUGUACCCCGAGGAGAACCACCGUUACUAUUUCACCCAGCCACCACCAUCAUCACCGCUUCCAUCUAAACACCGCACACCCUCAUCGCUACAACUUCAUCCCCCGUCACCGCUCUCUUCAAGUAGACAACACUUCCCAUCACCGCUUCCAUCUAAACACCGCCCACCAUCACCGCUACAACUUCAUCCCCCGUCACCGCUCUCUUCAAGUAGACAACACUUCCCAUCACCGCUUCCAUCUAAACACCGCCCACCAUCACCGCUACAACUUCAUCCCCAUCACCGCUCUCUUCAAGUAGACAACACUUCCCAUCACCGCUUCCAUCUAAACACCGCCCACCAUCACCGCUACAACUUCAUCCCCCAUCACCGCUCUCUUCAAGUAGACAACACUUCCCAUCACCGCUUCCAUCUAAACACCGCCCACCAUCAUCCGCUACAACUUCAUGCCCAUCACCGCUCUCUUCAAGUAGACAACACUUCCCAUCACCGCUUCCAUCUAAACACCGCCCACCAUCACCGCUACAACUUCAUCCCCAUCACCGCUCUCUCAAGUAGACAACACUUCCCAUCACCGCUUCCAUUUAAACACUGCCCACCAUCACCGCUACAACUUCAUCCCCAUCACCGCUCUCUUCAAGUAGACAACACUUCCCAUCACCGCUUCCAUCUAAACACCGCCCACCAUCACCGCUACAACUUCAUCCCCCAUCACCGCUCUCUUCAAGUAGACAACACUUCCCAUCACCGCUUCCAUUUAAACACCGCCCACCAUCACCGCUACAACUUCAUCCCCAUCACCGCUCUUCAAGUAGACAACACUUCCCAUCACCGCUUCCAUUUAAACACCGCCCACCAUCACCAUCACCGCUAA